AUCUGUCAUUAAAAAAACACGAAUGAGUGAGAAAGUAGUUCAAAUUCAAACAAUUUUAUAAUUUCCCUCCCUUUCAUUUCAACGGAUUAAAUUUCAUUUGUUUAAUGACACGUGGAUUACGAUAAGAUUACAGUGUUAAUUAUUCAACUGUGUAUGCUUUAAAUGCUCUUUAAAUCCAUUUUAUCAAAUUUAUUUAAAUACAAACCAUCGAUAAAGAUUGCCGCAGCAAUGUCCACGGAACCUCUUAGUUUGGUGACAUUAAGUAAAUUGAAAGAGAAAUACUAUGCAGAUCCAAAGAAUGAAUUGGCUCAGAAUGCAUGCACACGGUUUGACCCAUUCGAAGUUGCUAUUAGAAGGAGACAAGCUGAUAGCACUUUACAUGUCUAUAACAUCAAGUUGGAGUCCGAAGGUAAGCCGGUGACUAACCAAGAGAAUACUGGUCGGUGCUGGUUAUUUGCUGCACUCAAUGUUAUGCGAUUGCCAUUCAUGAAGAAAUAUGGACUUGAUGAGUUUGAAUUUUCUCAAGGUUAUCUAUUUUUCUGGGACAAAAUAGAAAGGUCUCAUUACUGGCUGAAUAACAUUGUACAGACAGCCCGGCAAGGUGAAGAACUGGAGGGUCGGCUUGUCAACUUUUUAUUAAAGGAUCCCAUAAAUGAUGGUGGACAGUGGGAUAUGAUCGUGAACCUGAUCAACAAGUACGGCCUCAUGCCUAAGAAAUGCUUCCCAGAGUCGUUCAGCUCGCGACGUAGCUUGCACAUGAAUGCUAUUAUUAAAACUAAGUUGCGUGAAUUCGCUAAAGAAUUACGAGACAAAGUGUCAGCCAACGCGAGUGAGGCAGACAUACAGAAGACCAUAGACACGCAGAUGUCUGUCAUAUACCACAUCGUCGCUACUUGCCUAGGUACUCCUCCGGAACAGUUCACAUUGGAAUUCUACAACAAAGAGAAAGCGUACAACAACUUUGGUCCAUUGAGCCCUCAGGAGUUUUAUAAUAAACAUGUCAGACCACUCUUCAAUGUUGAUGACAAGGUGUGUCUGGUCAGUGAUCCGAGACAAUCCAAUCCAUUCGGCAACCUGUACACGCUGCAGUGUCUCGGCAACAUGGUGGGCGGUCGACAGACCGCGUACAACAACCAGCCUAUCGAGACCCUUAUGAAGGUGGUCAAAGACAGCAUACAAGGUGGAGAGGCGGUGUGGUUCGGAUGCGAGGUCUCCAAGAGAUUUGAACGUAAGAACGGACUAGAAGACUUGGAUGCUCAAGACUUCAAGCUGGUGUUCAACACAGAAGUUCAAGUUGGUCUUAAUAAAGCUGACCGGCUCAUGUAUGGAGAUUCUUGUAUGACACAUGCCAUGGUAUUCACUGCGGUGGGAACUGAUGAGCAAGGCAAUCCUUUGAAGUUCAGAGUGGAAAAUUCUUACGGUGACAAGGAAUAUGACAAAGGUUAUCUGCUACUCACUACGCCAUGGUUCAAGGAGUUUGUUUUUGAGGUUGUUGUAGAUAAGAAGUUCGUACCAGAAUCUGUAUUGGAAGUGUUUAAACAAGAAGCGAAGGUGUUGCCAGCGUGGGACCCGAUGGGCACCCUCGCCUGUCCCGUGUGUUGCAAGGAGUAAAUUCAUUGUUGGAAAAUGUAUUCAGAAGCUGCCAAUUUGCAAUUUUUUUUUAGGAAAUCUCAAUUUUUUAGAACUUUUUAUAUUUAUUAUUUAAAUUUAGAAAUAUGAAUUAUUUAUAACGAAAUGAUAUAGUUAUGUAUGUUUCCAAGACAGAGAUGAGGAUGCCUUUGGAUCUGCAGAUGAAUUUGAAGAAGACCAAAUAUUGAUUUUCAUAAUUAUUUUAAAAAAAAAUGUUUUUGGAUGAUAACUACAUAUUAACUUUGGAGCUUCUGAAAAAGACAAUUUAAACUUGAAUUUGACAUUUUUUUUUUAUAUAAGAUUUAAAGUUUUUAGUGAAAUCACAAAAUAUGUUUACAUACAAACAUACAUCCAUACAUUCAUACAUAUAUUUUCCAACAAAAUUGAUGCAAUUUUUUGUGAAAGUACACACUGGUGCUUAUUUUAGUCAAUUGUGUUCAUAAAUAGUUACCAAUAUGUUAUUUUGUGAGCAAUAAUUAUUCAAACCUCUUAGAUUGUUAUAACUGAGUUUCCACUGUACAAACAUGUAUAAAACAACAAUAUUUUAUCAAGAGAAUAUGUUUUAGUACACUUGCUACAGCAGUGGAAACGCACUGUAAUAAAAUGAAUACCACGAUAUGCAUUGUU